AGCUGCCGCUUCCUCACGCGAAGGCGUGGUGCGGGGCUGGCGGUCCGGCCGGAUGGGCGGUUGAGGAGGGAACGGAGCGGCCCCAGGGACCUUCUUUAAAGCGGCUAGGCCGCAGAGGGUGCGGGGGAGGAGGGUAGGAGCGCGCGGGAAGGGAUGGUGAACGCACCUGGCAGCUGAGGAUUUCGGCCCGUCCUAGGGCCGCCUGGGCCGCGCGCGCAGGCGUGGAGCGUCCGGGCGGGGGCGGGCCUUUAAAGGGGCCGCAGCGGAGGGUCUGGGUGUCCGCGAAGAACCUAGGGUACCGGGAUCGGGGGGUGGGUGAAGAUUGUGCUGUUGCACGGGCCCCUUCAUAUCCCUGCCCCGGGUGGUGAUGGGUACCGGGUCCCAGAGGACCAGCCCCACAGUAGAGCCUCCCUUGGAAUCCAGUCUGCGGGAUCCUGAGUUUAAGCGCGUCUUCCUGUCUCCAGCUCGCGGCGCUAUGGCUCACGUCGGCUCUCGGAAGCGCUCGAGGAGUCGCAGCCGGUCCCGGGGGCGAGGGUCGGAAAAGAAAAGGAAGAAGAGCAGCAAGGACGCCUCGAGGAGCUGCUCAGCUUCUAGAUCCCAGAGCCGCAAGGCCAGCACCACUUCCUCUGGGGCGGAGGCCUCACCUCCCUGCAUCACAGAGAGAAGCAAGCACAAGGCCCGGAGGAGACCACGAUCCAGCUCCUCCUCCUCUUCUUCCAGUUCUUCUAGCUCCUCUUCCUCCUCGUCCUCCUCUUCUUCCUCCAGCGAUGGCCGGAAGAAGCGGGGGAAGCACAAGGACAAGAAGAGGAAGAAGAAGAAGAAAAGGAAGAAGAAACUGAAGAAGAAAAGCAAAGAGAAGGCCAAGGUGCAGCAGGCUGAGGCUCUGCCGGGACCUUCGCUGGACCAGUGGCACAGAUCAGCCGAGGAGGAAGAGGAUGGCCCAGUCCUGACCGAUGAGCAGAAGUCCCGCAUCCAGGCCAUGAAGCCCAUGACCAAGGAGGAGUGGGAUGCCCGGCAGAGCAUCAUCCGCAAGGUGGUGGACCCGGAGACAGGACGCACCAGGCUCAUUAAGGGAGAUGGCGAGGUGUUAGAGGAAAUUGUAACCAAGGAACGACACAGAGAGAUCAACAAGCAAGCCACCCGAGGAGAUGGUCUGGCCUUCCAGAUGCGAGCAGGGCUGCUGCCCUGAGGGCCCCGCUGGCCAAAGCCUGCGGACAGCAUUGGUGGCACAGCCUGGAGGCUGGCCUCAGGGUGAGCAGCAGGGAGCCCAAUGGGCACUAUGUGCCUUUCUCCCACAGCCCAGCCUCCUCUCAGAUGUGGGGGUCACUGGCUUAGUCAGCCUCCCUGUCUCCUGAAAUAGCGCAACUUCCCAGCUAUUAAAUGUUCCCUGGUUGGAGA